AGUUGAACUCUGUAUGGACAUGGCUUAAUUUAAUAUCCAUUUAAAAUAAAGCACCAGUAGACAGAGCGUGAAAAUGACUUCUCAAUUACCCCCUUCCCUAAACGCAAUAUUCUGUUCUUUAUUUCCAACGUUUGAAGCUCAGCAGCCUGUCUUGUCUUGUCUACCCUUCUUUGUUGCCCAGAAACUAAAAUAAUGGAGCGGGACGGCGUAGAAGGGCUGGGAUCAGCAACAAGCCCUCUACUUCUUGCUGAAAAGAUCACCGGUGACAGCAACAAGCCAACCGGCGAUCACUCCAUCACUCCUCUUCUUGUCUUUAGCACCUUCGUUGCUCUCUGUGGUUCCUUCAGCUAUGGAUGUUCUGUGGGUUAUUCAUCUCCUGCAGAAUCUGGAAUCAUGGAAGAUCUAGGCCUCUCUGUUGCUGCAUACUCAGUUUUUGGUUCGAUAGUGACCAUAGGAGGAAUGAUAGGUGCAAUCUUAAGUGGGAAGAUGGCAGAUCUCAUCGGUCGAAGAGGAACAAUGUGGAUAUGCCAAAUAGUCUGCAUGGCAGGCUGGCUAGCAAUAGCAUCUGCUAAGAAUGCUUGGUGUGUGGACAUUGGAAGAUUCGUAGUUGGAGUCGCCAUAGGGAUUCUUACUUAUGUGGUGCCUGUAUAUAUUUCAGAAAUAACACCUAAGAAUCUUAGAGGAAGAUUUACUUCGGCUACUCAGUUAUUAGUAUGCUGCGGCUUUGCAGUAACAUUUUUCGCUGGAAGUAUUGUAGGUUGGCGUGCCUUGUCUCUACUUGCUACUAUUCCAAACAUAGUGCAGAUUGUUUGUUUGUUCUUCGUUCCAGAGUCUCCAAGAUGGCUGGCAAAACUCGGUCGUGAAAAAGAGUUUGAAGCUACAUUGCAACGUCUUAGGGGAACGAAAUCAGAUAUUUCUGAAGAAGCAGCUGAUAUCAGAGAUGCUAUAGAAACUUUGAAACACACCUCAGAUGAAGCUAGAACUCUAGAGUUGUUCCAGAAGAGAUAUGCUUAUGCAAUUAUUGUUGGAGUAGGACUCAUAUUACUACAAACAUUUGGAGGGAAUAGUGCAGUGUCAUAUUAUCUUGGUACCAUAUUUGCUAAAGCUAAUGUUUCAACCUCUGUUGGACCUAUAGUUUUUGCUCUUCUACAGAUUCCAAUAUCUAUUGUAACUAUACUCUUGAUGGAUUUAUUUGGAAGACGAACACUUCUUAUGGCCUCUGCUACGGCAUCAUGCUUAUGCUCGUUCCUUGUAGGGUUAUCUUUCUGCUUCCAGGAACUCCACUAUCUGAAAGAGUUCACCCCAAUUUUGACAGUGGUUGGCAUAAUGGGUUUUGGCUGUGGUUUUGCCUUGGGCAUGUCAGGAAUACCUUGGGUUAUAAUGGCAGAGAUAUUUCCUGUAAAUAUUAAGGCAUCAGCAGGAAGCCUUGUGGUUUUAACUAGCUGGGCUAGUUCUUGGGUUCUGACAUACACAUUUAAUUUCAUGUUGGAAUGGAGUUCAGCUGGAACAUUUUUCAUCUUCAGUGGAAUGUGUGCUUUAACUAUUUCAUUCAUAUGGAGGUUGGUGCCAGAGACAAAGGGACGGACACUGGAAGAAAUACAAUCAACAUUAAUCAGCUCAUAGUAGUAAAAGGGAAAUUCUAAAGAUGGUACAAUGUUGAGCUGAGGACGUGAAAUUUUUCCUUAAUUAUUUUUUAAAACAAUUAUAUGUAAUUGAUUUAUGAAUAUAAAUAAUGAAAUCCUGAGCAAGUUGGGAAAUUACUAUAA